AUGUCGUCCCCUUCAGCUGAAGCAUCAUCGUCGAGCAGGACUCGGCAGCCCAAUCGCUUCAGCGCCAAGGGCAAGAAUGUCGUCAUGACUAGUCACGGCAGGCUGCCAUGGUACAGUCCAGAGGGGAAGAACAUCGAAGCGUACGUGAUAGGUAUAGCAGGAGGGAGUGCUUCGGGCAAGACUUCCGUGGCCCGAGCUAUCCUCUCGGCGCUCAACUACGUACCCACCGUCUUGAUCCUAUCCCAAGAUUCGUUCUAUCGAAAACAUACGCAGGAGGAGAUUGAUCUGGCUUUCAAGAGUGACCUGGACCUGGACCACCCCGACUCGAUCGAUACGGCCCUCUUUGCCAAGUGUCUUGCGGAUCUGAAGCAAGGUCGAGCUUGCGAGAUUCCAGUGUACUCUUUCGUCCAUCAUCAACGAAUGCCAGAGACGAAAUACCUCUACGGAGCUAAUGUCAUCAUUGUCGAAGGGAUCAUGGCACUACAGUCUGCUGACAUGAGAGCAUUAUAUGAUCUCAAAGUCUUCGUGAAUUGCGACUCCGACUUGAUGCUUGCCAGGCGCAUCAAGCGGGAUGUGAAAGAACGUGGGCGCGAUGUCGAUGGGAUCUUGGAUCAAUAUCUUCGGUUCGUCAAGGCGAGUUAUGACAACUUUGUACAACCUUCGUCGAAGCAUGCGGAUAUUAUUGUGCCAGGAUCAUCGAAUCAGCUCGCCAUUGAUCUCCUCGUCUCGCACAUCAAGGAUCAACUCGACAAUCGAUCGCUCAGAUUCAGAAGUCGUCUAGGUCGGGACGGUCAGAGUAGACCCCUUGCAAAUGGAAAGACCCAAGUAACACCGAGCAACAAUACGACACAUACCUUUGGAGACACAGAUGAAGACAGCGGGGUUAUAUUGCUAGAGCAGACCGCCCAGCUCCAAGGUAUCAUGACUAUCCUCAGAGACUGCGAGACUGAGCGUGGAGACUUUAUCUUUUACGCGGAUAGACUGUCGACAAUGAUCGUCGAAAAGGCACUUUCACUCCUACCUCACGAGCCCCACAGAGUCCAGACUCCGGUAGGCAUGUCGACGGAAGGCACAAUAAGCAUGCAAGAGGACCUGGUUGGCGUGUCAAUCCUUCGAUCCGGUGGACCUUUCUCUCAUGGGCUCCGCCGGGUAGUGCGGGACGUCCCGCUUGGAGCCAUGUUGAUUCAGUCUGACCCCAAGACCGGUGAACCUAUCCUUCUGUCCUUGGAUCUACCUCAAUCCGUCAAGAAUGGGGAGACGAGCAAGACUGUCCGAGCGUUGUUGUUGGACUCGCAAAUGGGCACUGGAGCAGCUGCGAUGAUGGCCAUUCGAGUGCUUCUUGAUCAUGGCGUUCCCGAGUCCAAUAUUAUCUUCCUCGCUUUUCUCAUCUCUCGUCGAGGUCUCACAACCAUCCGCCGAGCCUUCCCCUCCGUUCAGGUCGUCACAGCUGCCAUUGACCCAGACCUGUACGAGAUGCACCUGCCACUGGGCAACGCAGUCUUGGGAGAAGCUGCUGGCGAAGGCGAUUACUCUAUAACAGUGGUGGAACAUGAUACGCUCGGCCUUCAACGCCUCAAUCUCAAAGGAGACGGAGGAGACAGCGGCUUUGAGGCAGGAUCAUCGCUAGAGGGAUACCGGAUAGACAACCAGAAUCCCAAUCAGGUGAUCGACAGCGAUCGUCCGGACUCGGGCUCGGGCUCGGGCUUUGGCGAGAGACGUGAUGCCGGCCAGGAGACUUGGUCGCCGACCAAACAGCAAGUUGAGGAGCUCAAAUUCUCGAGGGACCGUAAGGACAGUAUGAAGGAAGUCAAGCAGAAGAGGGCUUGGGUUGUUAGUCCUGGAAUGGGUCAUAUCGGAGACCGAUACUAUCUAGCGUGA